GAAACCUCAAUUCAGUUAACUACAAAGUGCCCAUUGAGUCGGUGGUCUCUCGCAGUUUCUUCUAAAUUUAAUUUAAAGUAAAAAAUUAAACACAACAACAAUAAAAUGGCCGUAUUGGAUUUAUUAUCUUUCGAUAAUGCCGUCUUCAAAGCCUACGUCUUCUGGAGUGGUGUUUUGGUGCUGAAAAUGUUGAUGAUGUCCCUGCUCACCGCCAUGCAACGUUUCAAGACCAAGACCUUUGCCAACCCCGAAGAUUGCAUGUCCAAGAAGGAUAAGGUGACCUAUGACAAUCCCUACGUUGAACGUGUUCGCAGAGCCCACUUGAACGACUUGGAAAACAUUUUGCCUUUCUUCGCUGCCGGUUUCUUCUACAUCUUGACCAACCCCUCGGCUUUCAUUGCCAUCAAUUUGUUCCGUGCCGUCGCUGCUGCCCGUAUCCUCCACACAAUUGUCUAUGCCGUUGUUGUUAUUCCCCAACCCGCUCGUGCCUUGUCCUUCUUCGUCGCCUUCUUGGCCACCGGCUACAUGGCUUUGCAAGUCGUUUUGUAUGCCUUGUAAAUUGGGACGACUUUGGUAGCUAAGCGAAAUACUUGUUUUCAAAGUAUUUGAAAGUUGCGAAAUGUGAAAUAUGUACAUUUAAUUGUAGAGUGUAUAUUUGUUUUUUUUUUUCUAUUUUAAUAAAAAAAAUAAUAAUUAAGAAAAUUUA